AAAAGAUAAUUUACAAUUUAUCAAAAACAGAUAGGUAUCUACGACUUACCACCCUAUUUCAAUUUAGUUUUUGGCAUUUCGUUUGUAAAAAUGAUGAAAAAUUUAAAAAACGUGGCGUCACAAAAUUUAUUGUUGCCUAACCGUCUGAUAAAACCAUCAAAGAAACAAAACCAAUCAGAAGAAAACGACUGGUUAUUAGUUGCUACAAAUUGGUACUUUUGGAUUUAUACAUGGACAUUAAUGGUAGUUGCAGUUAUUGGCUUAGGUGCCACAAUUAUGUUGAUGGUUGUAUUACGGUUCACUACUAGAAUGGAAAGUAUAGAAUUUUUAACUGACAGUGAGCUGACUAAACUUAUGGGCAAUAUCGAUUUAGACGAUAUAUAUAAAGUUGAUGGUAUCAUGGAAGGGUUUAAAGACAUACCAUUAGAAAUAAUGAGUGAUAAUGAUAAUAUACUUUUACAUGUUGUUAACCCAGAAGACAAAAGUUUGGAAUCAGCAAUUGAACUUGGAUUUUCUAAAACACAAGUAAAAAACAUUGAUUCAUUCACAGUGGGAGAUCCAGAAAACCCUAUUUUUACUACAUCAUUUCCAAAUUUUGGACUUCCAGAAGGAGUCCGUCAUUUGGAUGUAGCCACAGUAUACACCAAUCGGAUAGUAAGUCCAAUAAACGAAACUCUGAUAUUGAAAUCUUCAAAUUAUACUCGGCUGAAAGGUAAUGAAGGAACUGUCAUUGAUGGUUCUAAAAUAAAAUGGUCAGCCGAAGGAGAUAUAUUUCUCAGAUCAGUAAAUGGCACAGUAGUACUAAGUUCUGCAGGAAUUUACUUAGAUGUACAGAAUUUACCUGUAGUACUGUCAAACAAAUUUGCUGCUCAUCAAUAUAAAUUAUGCAUAUGUAUGCCGAGCGGAAUGGUAUUCAGAGUUCCAGUGUCAACAAGUUACAAUUCUCACAUGGCUUGUAGUAUGAUUGAUAUAGGAGAAAGUAAUCAUCCGUGCAAAUAAAAUGUUUAUUCUGGUAUAAUUUAUAUUAUACACUGUGGACGAUGGAAUCAAUCAAACCAUCAAGUAAACUCAAAAUGUAUCACAAAAAGAAAAAGUAUUAGCCGAGAACUGAAUGGAUUUCAACCUAUUAACUAUCGUUUGAGGUGUAUUUCAUGUUAGUACAAUUAAAUAUUUCAUUGUUUGCUGAAUUAAUGAAAUAACUCCAAUUUAAUUAGUUUAUAGGUGGUAGUAAACAA